AUGCGUACCACUCAUCCUCUGUGGUGCAUUCGCCAGUGUCACGUGGCUCUUGCUCGCCGCAGUCACGGCGGCACCGCACAGACGCAGCGGGAACUCGAGAGGCUUGCGUUGUUGGAGCAGUGUAUGACGCAACCGGCAGAGACGCGCGCACACCAGGUACCAGCGGCGACUGCAGCAUCCACGGCAGCGUACUUGCGCGAGCUUCCGCAGCGAGUGGAGCGCAUGCGGGGCGUCGCUGCAACAGAAGACAGCGGCGAAGCAUUCGCCGACCGUAGUGUUGCCGGAACUUCUGCUUCGACCGCCUUACCCACUGAGCAUGGGGAAAGCAGGAGACCUUCAGGCGAGGUCAGCGCGCCACAGGUGACCACUCUUUCGCAAUUUCUCUCUGCAUGCAAGGAGCAUCGCAUCCAGUACAGCUCCUCGACCGACCCUGCUCCACGGAAGCAGGGCCGCGAAGUGCUCCGCAGUUUCUGGCGCCGACACGCAAGCAGUGCGGUGGCCUGCUGCUACGAGAGGGUGCGUGACCUUGGAUUUGUGGCAGACAUCGGACUCGCUGAUGCCGGUCUGCACCUUGGCAUACGCGACAUGCGAAACAUGUUGCAUGGGCUGCAGACGGAGCGCGCGGUUGCCUCAAGCCUUGAUACCACCCGCAUUCUCGGCUACUUGGUGCGGGAGUUGGAGUACUGGGAGCGCCGACAAGACAACGAAAGCGAUAGAGACGCCGCACCCACGCCGGUGAGUCUCAUUGCAUUCCGCGAGGCUCUCACAAGCGUGGCACUCGAGAGGCUUGCUUCUCUUUUUGUGGAGCUAAGCCCUCGUGCAGAAAAUUUCACACCACCAGCUGUGCAGACGGCAACGAAUACGCCGGCAUUACCCGGCACUGCUUUUCUGCCUGGGCCGACGUCCGGCGUCGAUGCAGUCUGGGGACUGGAAGUGCUCGCCGUCUUGCAUGCCCGCGACGCCACGGAGGACGUGCUGGAAGAUGUCUGGAAUACCAAGCAGCUCCGUCUACUACGCCAACAACGCGAGCCUGCGCAUCUUCGAUCUGGGUUAGCACUUCCGGAGGUUUCGGGCGUAACUCUGCCGAUAAGUGAGCUUGCAAAUGAGGUUCAGUACCUUCUUGUGUCGGAGCUGUUUCGUGUGGUCGCAGUGCGUCGGCGCGAUCUCCGCAUGACCGACAUCGUCCACGCUUACGCCAUGCUGCGUGUGCAUCUGCGUCUCUUAUGGCCGCCGUACGGGCGACAGGAGCAGCUGCAACCAUCGGGUGCGGCGCGGCACUACAGCUGCCGCAGCGGGCCUGUUGAAAGCAAUAGACAAUGUGCUGCAUCGGCAUUGGCCCCUGCGCCUGCUCGACGACGCCCACUGUGGUACGAAAAAGACACGCUCUUUCGCAUCACCUGGGGCCUCGCCGUUGCCCUGGCCAGGAAAGAUCGCGUCUUCAUCAGCAGCUAUCAUUUUGUCAAGAUCGUCGCCGUACUGGCAAAGUUACCGGCGUUUGUGCUCUCACAGGAGCCCCACGUCAAGGGGGCGCUCCGCAGUUUCGAAUUGCCCCACCGCAGCACCGCUCCUAGAAGAGAUGCCGACGAAGAGGACGAAGAGGCUCGUUUUGUAAGCGCCACCAUUGCGGCCGAGGUGAUGCGGCAGGAGAUGGCAUCGGAGGCUGGCUCAAAGCCAACCACGGUGGUAGCCCUGCACCCGAGCGAUUUCUGGCGCUUUAUGGUUGCCAAGGCGUGCGUGUUUGUGCCCAGUUUGCCGGCUGAGCAGCGCCGGAUUGUGUGUCGCAGUCUUCACCUUGCCAUCACUGAGAAGCGGGCCCAUCUACUUUCACUCGAUAAUGGCGGUACCGUUCGCGCGUCACGAGUACCGCGGUCCGUGCGCCAAGUCCGCAGCGGUAGCACAGGGGGGCGGUUUGGGUCGCGGUCCGUCUCACAAGACAGCAGCGGCACCACCUUUGCUGCAGAAAUUCUUCGCCCGCUGGUGGAGGAGAUGGAGGACUACCCCGAACCUUACGAGGUGUGUGUAAGAGAUCCUCGACUACAUUCGCCGCUGCCCCGCGUGGCGCCGAGGCAGCGGCCGAAGGGGCGGCGAUGA